AUGAAUUACUUGAGGCCUAAUAUAAGGCAUGGAAACUUCACCAGGGAAGAAGAAGAAACCAUAAUCAAACUUCAAAAGGAGCUCGGAAAUCGAUGGUCAGCAAUAGCAGCAAGGCUUCCGCACAGAACUGACAAUGACAUAAAAAACUAUUGGAACACUUUCCUGAAGAAAAGGGUAAUAUUGGAGAAUAGUAAGUCAGAAUCAGCAACCACAGAAACCGAUUCCAGUAUUGAGGAGAAUUCGCCUGAUGCUGACUCCUCAAGCUUGCUUAACAUUCCUACAAUGGCUGAUUUCCCAGAACCAUGA